GCCUCUGGUCAUGUGGCAAGUGCUUUAACCUCUUUGCAAUGUGGCAUCUGGCCCCUGCUGGGCCUCUUUAAAACCCUCCGCAUCUCUGUGAGAUGCAGAGUUUGGAGCAGAGCGGUCCCGGGGCUGUGGAGGAGCUCAGCACCCAGCGCAGAUGGAUCCCAUGUGCUGAGAGGGCCAGCCUCCGUGCCCCGCAGGACACCAGGCACCGGCCAGCACAGCCCCUAAUGUCCCACCUCUCAAUGGCUUUCCAGUGGCUCUGCGCUCUCUCUACGGCACUGGUGUGGGGCUGCGCAGCAUCAUCCUCCUCCUCCACAUCCCACACCGCAGUUGCUCCCCCACAAGACCUGCAGAUCACUGAUCCUGGCCUCCUGGGUUCUCUCGAUAUAGAGUGGAAACCUCCACCCAGUGGACAGACCUUCAACGAAUGCACAGUAAAAUACAGGUUUGAAUACCACAGCGCUGGGGACAGAGACUGGAAGGUUAUUUUUACUAAGAAGCUAAAAGUCAGAGUUGGCUUUGACCUCAGCAGGACUGCUGAAGUGAGGGUCCAGACACUGCUUGAAGGACGGUGUACUGAAGACGUGGAGGUGGAGAGUGACUGGAUUUAUGCUACCUUUCAGGUCCCAUUGCGAGGAAAACUGGAAUCAGAGGUUCAGAAUUUCCACUGCAUCUACCAUGACUGGGAAUACCUCAAGUGCACUUGGCAACCUGGUCUCCUCACUCCUCAUAGUGUACAUUAUGGACUAUAUUAUUGGUACGAGGGGCUGGACCACGCGGUGCAGUGUGACAACUAUGUUCAGGAGCAGGGUAUGAACAUUGGCUGCGUGUUGCAAAACCUGAGCCAGGCAGAAUAUAAGGAUCUGAGCAUUUGUGUCAACGGUUCGGCAGCCACUGCGCUGCUCCAGCCCUUGUACGUCACCCUUCGCAUUCACAACCUAGCGAAGCCCUCACCCCCGAAGCAGCUGGUGGUUUCCAUGCCUGCACCUGAGGAGCUCCACGUGGCGUGGACCCCCCCAAGCGGCAAAACGCCGCCCCAGUGCCUGGAGUACGAGGUUCAGCUGGCGGAAGAUCACGGGGAGGACAAGGCUUCCUGGGCGCCUGUGUCAACCCAAAUGGAGACCAUGUUAACGAUUUACAGAGCAAACCAAAGCCACACAUCAUGUGUUCGGGUCAGGGGGAGAACAAACAUGUUCUGUGCUGACCAGGGCUUUUGGAGCGAAUGGACGCAGGAAUGCUUCUCUGUGUCCAGAAAAGAGGACAAGCAACUAUUUAUCCUUGUUCCAGUCAUUCUGAGUUUGUCAAGUAGCCUCAUAAUGUUUAUGUUGAUUGGUCAGUGUAAGAAAAGAUCCCCAGCAGGAAAGCCAUUGCAUGCUUCUGCGGGAUGCUAAGUCCGUUUGCUACUGCUGUACCACUUGUGUUCGAUGGACUGCUCUUAGAACAUCAUCCCAAGAACAGCUGAGGAGGCCUGAACUUUAUAAAGCCCAUAUGGGUCUUCCCUAACUCCUGCCAUCUGUGAGGCUGGUUGUUGCAAUUCAAGUCCUCAACAGGCCCAGGAAAACAGCGGAGGCGUUUUAAACUGACUCUGGAGCAAGCUGUUAUUGAUGACAGAACAAGGGAAAAAAGGGAGGCAGUGGAACCUGCCAUGAAUAAAGGAAACAUGUUGU